GGAAACUUUAUUUCCUACUUCUGCACACCAAGUUUCUACCUCCAGGUCUGUCCGGUUCCGUUAGUGAGAAGCCUGACACGCUAAAAGAAGCCACCUGAAGGAAGCCAUCCACUGAACUGAAGAAAAUGAAAGACACUUAUCUCCAGAUUUCCCGCAGCUUGCUCUCCACAUCUCAGUCUCUGCUAGAAAGCAUCAAUGACAGCAGUGAAGAGGUCACCACCAUUUAUGACUAUGGCAGCAGUGAACCCUGUUAUAAACCCAAAGUGCGGCAGGUCGCAGCCCGGCUCCUGCCCCCGCUCUACUCGCUGGUGUUCAUCUUUGGCAUUGUGGGUAACAUGCUGGUGGUCCUCACCCUGGUCAACUGCAAGAAGUUAAGGAGCAUGACUGACAUCUUCCUGCUCAACCUGGCCGUCUCCGACCUGCUCUUCGUGCUCACGCUCCCGUUCUGGGCCCACUAUGCCGCAAAUCAGUGGGUCUUUGGAAAUGCAAUGUGUAAGUUACUCACAGGGAUAUAUCACAUGGGCUAUUUUGGUGGAAUCUUCUUCAUCAUCCUCUUGACGAUCGAUAGGUAUCUAGCGAUCGUCCACGCUGUGUUUGCUUUAAAAGCCAGGACAGUCACCUUUGGGGUGGUGACAAGUGGAGUCACCUGGGUAGUGGUCACAUUUGCCUCUCUCCCAGGAAUCAUCUUCACUAAAUUUGAAAAGGCAGAUUCUGGUUACUCCUGUGGCCCUCAUUUUCCAUUAACAUGGAAGAACUUCCAUACAAUAAUGAGGAACAUCUUGAGCUUGGUCCUGCCCCUGCUUGUCAUGGUCAUCUGCUACUCGGGAAUCCUGCGCACCCUCCUCCGGUGUCGCAAUGAGAAGAGGAGACACAAGGCUGUGAGGCUCAUCUUCGCCAUCAUGAUCGUCUACUUUCUUUUCUGGGCUCCCUACAACAUCGUGCUCCUCCUGACCACCUUCCAGGAGCUCUUUGGCCUGAGUAGCUGUGAGAGAAGCAGUCACCUGGACCAGGCCAUGCAGGUGACAGAGACUCUUGGGAUGACACACUGUUGUAUCAACCCCAUCAUCUAUGCCUUUGUCGGGGAGAAGUUCCGAAGGUAUCUCUCUGUGUUCUUCAGAAAGCAUGUGGCCAAACACCUCUGCAAACUGUGCCCAGUGUUCUGUGGAGAGACAGCAGACCAAGUGAGCUCAACAUUCACCCCUUCCACGGGGGAGCAGGACGUCUCGGCUGGUUUAUAAACUAUAACAAGUUUGCUUGUCAUUUUUUCAAGGCAGCUACUUAUCUGUAUAUAAUAACAAGCCUCAAGGGGUCGUGGAAGGAUAGAGACUUGUAAAUCAGGUGCCCUGGAACCUCAGGGGCUAUGCCAAGACAGACUUAAGUCACUCCUGUAUAUCCAACGCAUGCCCAGGGCACAUUCUAGAGCAACUGUGAGUAGACACUUGGCUCUCUAGCUAGCUCAAGUCUGUCUCUGGAAAAUGCCCCAUUGCUUUUGCUAAUACACUUUCCAGUCUCCACCAUGUUUUCACUCAGUCCUUGAUCAUUUCAAUUGCUAGUAAUCAAGGGGUAUGUCCUUGGGGCAGAGAAAAAACCUGGUGGCAGCAGUUACAGAAACCCCUGCUUUGGAAAUCACACACCCAGCCUGAAAAUGCCCAUGUCUAAAUGACCAGGCAGGAUAAGUCUAGAUGAGGAAGACUCUAAACAAGUUGGGAAGAAAUGUUUCCCAGACUACCCUGCCAAGUCUUGUUUUUGGAUCUAGGCCUAGAGUUCACACAUUUUAAUAGAAACAAAAAAUUAAAUUAAGGCUAAAAACUGCAACUUAGCAAUGUUGGUGACAUGUUAUUUUAAGAGUUCCUAUCUUGCCAAACCCGAAAAUACUUUUAUUAGUCAUAGAAGCAAUUCUGGCUUUGAGCACAAAGGCUUGGAGUUUGUAAUGUGUUCGGGAGGUGCCUGGGCCAACACAAAUAGCUCUAGAUUGACAAGGACCCGGAGGUCCAUGGUCCGUGGGUUUAUCCACCUGUGACAGCGCAGCAUCUAAGCAAGAAUAUCAUGGAGCCAUGGUGCACACUCCACAGCUGGGCCCUCGUUCUCUCGGGCUUGCUGCCCCGAAUCCUCUUCUAUCUAUGACGUCAUGGAUUUCAUCAUGACAGCAUUUCAGGAUUGUGAAGGUGCACUUGAACUCCUAAAGGAAGCUCCUAAUGAAAGCUUUUAAAGUACAUUUUCAAAGCCAAGUGUGGUGGUGCAUGUCUGUAAUUCCAGCACUCAGAAGGCUGAGGAGGAAGAAUUGCUAGUUUGAGGCCAGCCUGGACUGCAUAGCGAGACCCUGUCUCAAAAAAACAAGCAAAUGAAGUCAGUUUGCAAAAGAGGGAAGUUGAAGAAGCUCCCUUGAGUGAGCAAGAUGUUCCCCUUGGCUGAGCCAAGAAUGUUACCUCAUGUGUUUCUGAUCUGAUGGACACGAGAGAUACCUAACAGGCAACUUGGGAGCCAGAAGUUGCUAUGUUUGACAAAGUCAGAAUCUUCAUGGUUCAAGAAGGUUUUGGGAUGAAGCAGGGACUCAGAAGGUGACACCUUUGGAUACCCUAAUGAAUGUACACAAUUUUAUUUCAAUGCAAUGUAAACAUUGUAUUUUAAAUCUAUGAUUUGGGAAAUAAAUCAAUG